AAGACCUCUCUCCGUCUUUCUUUCUCGCGUAAUCCCUCGAUCGCUUCGCAAUUCUCCUCCUAUCGAUCGAUCUACCGCUUGUUGUUAGGUUCUUCGAUCUCUCUCCCUCUCUCUCGGUACUCCAAACCCCUCUCUCCUUCUCGAUCCAUGCAUCGCUUUUACAGAAUUCCUCUCUCGGUUCGAGUGGAUUCGCGAUAAUCCAGUAUGGUCGAGGAGGAGGAGACCGCGGUCGGAUUGGAGCAUCAGCAACAGCUAGGGUUCCGUUCUUCUUCUACGGGCAUGGAGCAGGAGGGGCAGAAGCGAGAGACCGGGAAGACGGAUUUGCAAUCUUCCAACAUCCCCGUCCUCUGCGCCAACAACUGCGGCUUCUUCGGAAGCCCGGCGACGAACAAUCUCUGCUCCAAGUGCUACAAGGAUUACUUCUUGAGCAAAUCAAAGGCUUCCAUGGAGACGCUUGUGAUUCCGCCGGCCCUUGAAUCUAAGCGGGUCGACGAGAAGCCUGGCGGAGAUGACGGAAUCGCUAAAUCUGUGAACUCGAGUGAGGAAGGGGCCACAUCGGAAGGGGGGGGCCCUUUGCCGACGAAGAAUCCCAACCGUUGCAGCUUCUGCAAUAAGAGAGUCGGAUUGAUGGGGUUUAAGUGCCGCUGCGGGGAGGUGUUCUGCUCGAUCCACAGGUACUCUGAUAAGCAUAACUGUGCCUAUGAUUACAGGGCGGCUGCGCAGGACGCGAUUGCAAAAGCCAACCCCGUGGUGAAGACGGACAAAGUCGAGAAGAUCUAAUGGUUGUGUGGGCAAGUUGGGGCCUCGUUGGUGGAUACAAUUGAAGUUAGAUGGAUUGAAGUGUGAUUGCCAACUUACAGAUAUUAAGGGGGAUGAUGGUGGUGGUAAUCGAAACUCAGUCAUUUCAAUCACUUGUUUGGCAUCUUUGCAUUUCAUAAUUGCAUUAGCAUUCAACCAUUAGGGAAGCAAUCUAAUGAGAGUCAGCAUGGAUUGCAAAAAUAGAUAUGAUCUGUUUUGAAGUUUAAUUAAAUCAGAAUGGCAUGCUGUUCUUUCUGUAUGACAAAGCAUUUGGAGUUGUAUGUGCAUUAAAGAAACAUUUCUGUCAAAUGUUUUAAUAGUUUGAUCA